CGAAGAGCUCGUGCUCCCGCAGAGCUGCACGAGCGUGUGGGAAUUUGAACAGUAAGGAAAUUAACCGUCACUUAAACUUAACGUAAAAACCUGGGACGUUUACUUCUGUAACACUGGCUCUGUGUAAGUCUGGAGGUACUGACGGACACCUCAGAAGGAGGAGACUGAAGCCAUGGAUGUCCAACAGCACAGCGGAAAGGAUCGAACACACAGGAACCAUCUCAUCCAGCCCGAGAGCAGAGUGGAGGCACAGGACAUCACACAGCAGCCAGAACCUUUUUCGGCAAAGCUUCCAUGUGCCAAUGGGAUCGUUUACAGAGGAAGUAACGACUCCCUAACAGACAACGUAAUCACGAACGAGAAUGCAUUAUUGCUUCCUGGACACGUCCCAGUGAUUGUGCACAAACUUGACAAGGAGACUCCCAGUCCUCUCAAUGGCCUCUCGUCUCCAGACACUAUGCCUAAUGGAUCUCCACCUGUCUGCACACCACCCACAGCGUCUACAGGUCAAAGAGCACCUGAUUCUACACACAAACCCAGCUCCAACGGGCAUAACAAACCCCACAAAAAGCAUCACCCUUCCUCUAGUUCCAAAAGCCAGCAGAAUUUGAAGACAAGCACGGGUCAGAUCCAAGAUGCCGCUGGUGACGACUGCUGCGUGCACUGUGUCCUGGCGUGUUUGUUCUGUGAGCUGCUGCCCAUGUGUUCAGCCGUGGCCCAGUGUCUGGCCUGCGGAAUGGAAUGCGACGCCCUGUGCUGUUGCGGCGAGGCAUGCGGAGGACUGGCAUGUUGCACUGGGGACCCCUGUUCCGCCCUGCUGGACUGUGCCAUCCUGGAGGACUGCUGCCAAUCCUCCGAGUGCCUAGAGAUCUGUCUCGAAUGCUGCUCUAUCUGCUUCCCUACUUAGACAGGCAAAUAGCCAGUGACGAAGUUGUUAGUACACUUACAGAGAUGAUCUGGAAUGUGGCAUCACACCAGUGUGUUGCAGGAAAGGUUUGUUGUUAUGGAGGUUGCUGCCUUAUUUAUUCUGUAGUCUAGUGAGAGGACUGAGAUCAAGGUGUUACUGUUGUGUGAGGAAUGAAUCACUGAAUUUAAACCACCACACACACAAAGCAAAGAUGGUUAUGGUGAUCAUGUUAUUACAGUACAUGAAGGUGUUACAGUAUGUGAAAAGCCAGAGGCCUUACUGUAUUUAAGGACUUAAUAUCCAUAUGCAUGGCCAUUACUGGAUUGUCGUCGAUGUUUAUAGCUUUAAACUGUGCCUUUUUUCACUUUUGUUGGGCAGUUAAGCUUUUUCGUAGAGCCACAACAGGGCUCGAUGUAUUCUGCAGGUGGGUGAACAGAAUCUGUAUGGAGAAAUAUUUUUUAUUUAAGAUGCAAGCUCAAGUCGUUCAAAUGGGUUUAGAAAUUAAGCAUGCUCCAAAGAUGACAGGAUCUCAACAGAGACCGGUUGCUCUUUUUUUAUUAUUAGAGAUCUUGUGAUGAUUCAUAUAAACUGUUUAUUUAGUGAAAUGAUAUCUGCACUCUGAGUUAAUCUGUCUACGCACUGCAUUAGCUUGUAAGUAACUUAAAAUGUGACUGUAUUUUUUUAUUUUGUUUUGCAUAAGAAGUAAAGAGGCUUUUGUUUUCAUAAUCAUGCCUCCUUUUUUGUUCCAAUAGUUCAGCAAUGAACCUAAAUAAUAUGGAAAUAAUCACUGUCCCUGUCAUUCACUCUUCACUUAUACAUUUUGAGUAUAUGUCUAGAACGAUACUUUUGAUUCGUAAGCGCUAAACUAUUUGCAGAUCAUCAGUAAGCUUGGUGAAGCCAGCCCUGAAACUAGUGUGAAAAUAGCCUGGUGCCUGGACCAAGUGGCUGUAUACUCAUCUGGGCUUGUAGAAUUUCACAUGCUUUCUCAAGCUCAUGGAGGGAAAAAAAGGGGAAGGUUGGUGUGAAGGUUAAAAUGCUCCUCUUAACUCUGGUAUGAAUUUCUUAACACUUUAAGUAAGGGGAUAAGCAUAGCAUAGACAUGUCUCCUACAGAAGUAGGCGAUAAGUUGAAGACCCAUACAGUAAGCAUCUGCAUUAAACUUACUCUAUGUCAGACAGUGGAAAUGGAGAACUGAUUAUCCAGGACAUUAUGAU